AUGUCCGUGGCGCUGGAAAAGGGUAAAAAGUCAAAGCCAAGAGGGAAUUUGGCCAGAUGGAUUUGGCGUUCGUUUCCCCAUGUUUUUCUCAUCCUGUCGCUCAUGUCAUUUGCGGCUUUGGGAGCGAUUAUUUUUGAACAGAUUGAGAACAAUGAGUCGAACGACAAGACCAAGGAGAUCCAAAGCGUAGUGCGCAACAUGGUAGAAACAGUUCAAAACCACACUGGUAAUUCGACGGAGCUUAUGAAUAACGUACAAACGAUUUUGGAUGAAUUAACAAAACUAAAGGAGAUGCAGAAAUGGGACUUCUAUGGUUCGCUUUUCUUCUGCUGUACAGUGUUAACUACGAUAGGAUAUGGGCAAAUGUACCCAGUAACCUAUGCCGGGAAGGUGGCGUGUAUCUUUUAUGCGAUGGUCGGCAUACCUCUCAUGUUGUUGGUCAUCUCAGAUGUGGGCGAUAUCUUAGCUGUUCUCCUGUCUAAAGCCUACGCGCGCCUCCGCUUGAUCCUCAAGCAAAUGAGGCAAAAUCGCUCUUGGAGCCUUCAAAGAGAUGAUAAAACGCCACCUUCCAUCCAAGUACAGAAUGUUGAUGGUACCUACACUUUCAGGCAGGAUGUGGUGAUGCAUGACACAAUGGCCUUGAAGCAAGUAAUGCAACCUAAAUGGCCCCUGAAACGCAAUUCCCUACAACAUCAUAACAACAAAGAGAUCUUUGACCGGAUUAUUAUUGAAGAGAAUUUCAAGCAUAAAGGUGAUCUCACAAAAUCUAGCUCCUGUCCCGAGCUUGACCGAAUGCCACCCACACAGAAAGACUUUCAAUUAUUCGCAAAUAUUGGACAGCAGAUGGACCUCCUUAAUGUUCCUCUACUUGUCAUCCUGCUGAUGGUUUUUGGAUACAUGUUGAUUUGCAGUCAAAUGCUGAGACUUUGGGAGACAAAUAUUGAACCCUUCGAUGCCUUUUAUUUUAUCUUCAUCACGCUGACCACCAUCGGUUUUGGAGAUAUUCUGCCUGGCCACCCAAAGAACUUCAUGGUUACUUUUUUAUUUAUUAUCAUGGGUAUGGCCGUCAUGAGUAUGGCCUUUAAACUGGGCCAGUCGAAAAUUGUUUGCUGUUACAGGCGUUUCAUAAAGUGUCUUAGUAUGGGCAGGGUUGGAAUGGAAAAAUACCAAGACAGUAAGUGAGGGUAAGAGAGACUUAGGUUUUAGGCUUUGCUUAAAGCAAAUGAAAACACUA